UUGGCCGCUUUUAGUUUUAGUUGUCGGCCGCGCAUCAAACACCACUGUUGCCGCCAUUGUUGUUUCAUUUCGCAAAAUGGCGGAUGGAGGCGUGGAUAUAGAUUUAUACGCCGAUGAUAUAGAAUCUGACUUUAAUAGACAAGAUGAUUUUGGAGGAGAAAAUGUCGACUUAUAUGACGACGUUUUAGCAGCACCUACAGCGAAACCAGAGGACGGAGAUGGGCCACCGAACUCAGCCGCACCACAACACCCACACCCACCAGAAGAAACAAAUGGUACCGCUCCUUACCAUAACAACGCACCCAGCCACGGGCAUCAUGGCCGCCGCUUCCAACUUUACGUCGGCAAUUUAACUUGGUGGGCGACAGAUCAAGAUAUUGCUAACGCGAUCGCCGAUAUUGGUGUCACGGAUUUUCAAGAUGUCAAGUUCUUCGAAAACAGGGCAAACGGACAGUCGAAAGGUUUCUGCGUCAUAUCGCUGGGUUCCGAUCAAUCCAUCAGGGUGGUCAUGGAUCGGCUCCCGAAGAAAGAGAUUCACGGGCAGCAUCCUGUCGUGACUUUGCCCACUAAACAGGCUUUAAACCAGUUUGAGAGUCAGUCUAAGACAAGGUCUACCCCACCUGGACCCAACCCUGGCAUGAGAGGACCUCAUCCCGGUGGACCACCUGGACCACACCCUGGAGCAAUGCAUCGAUCUCCAGAAUUCUUCGGCGGUGGACCAAACGGACCAGGGCCCAACGGCCCUCGCAUGAUGAUGCCUGGUCCUGGUCCUCAUCACCAGCUCCGUGGACCACCGCCAGGACCUCAUGGACCCCCGCCUCAUCAUAUGCCACAGCAUCAGGGACCACCACCGCAUCACAUGCCACCACAUCAGGGUCCACCACCUCACCAGGGACCACCACAGCAUAGGCCACCCAUGCAGUUCCAAGGACCGCCGCAGAUGCAACGCGCUCCUGGAGGUCCCGGUGGCCCGGGCGGUCCCGGUCCCGGGCCGGGCCCGCGCUCCGGCCCCGAGUGGCCGCGCCCGCACCACAUGCCCGCGCCCGCGCCGCAGUACGGCCCGCCGCAGCACCAAAUGCCGCACCAGAUGCCGCCGCCGCAUGCUCCGCCUGGACAAGGCAUGCCACCUCCCCAUCACCAACUUCCGCCGCACCAGCAGGGGCCUCCUAGGGGACCUGCACCAUUACCGCAACAUCCAGGCGUAGGUGGUGCACCAGCACCGCAUGUAAACCCUGCAUUCUUCAGUCAACAGCCUCCUGUGCAACCUGCACCACAAGUGCAACCGCCACAACCUACACCACAAGGUAUUUUUAAUCAAGGUGCUCCAUACGGUCACCCAGCUCAUGGUGCGCCCCCUCCGACGCAAGGGCCUCCACCCGGAGCACGACAACCCUAUGGAAGACCACCGACGAGCUACCCUGCUGGCGUCGAAGCCCGACCGGCACAUCACGCGGCCCCGCUCGGCCCUCACGCGCCGCCCCACGCGGCCCACGCGCCACAUCCGACGCACCCGCCACAUCCGGCCAUUAGUGAGGCUGAGUUCGAGGAGGUGAUGAGUCGCAAUAGAACCGUAUCGUCCAGCGCUAUUGCGAGAGCCGUCAGCGACGCAGCCGCAGGAGAAUACGCGUCGGCUAUAGAGACGCUCGUCACUGCCAUAUCGUUGAUCAAACAGAGCAAGGUGGCCCACGACGACCGCUGCAAGAUCCUGAUCUCAUCUCUACAAGACACCCUGCACGGCGUGGAGACCAAGUCGUACGGCGGCGAGAGGCGGCGCUCGCGCUCGCGGGAGCGGGAUGCGCGCGCGCACCACCGCGCACCGCGCCGCCGCGAGCGCUCCGCCUCGCGCUACCGGGACCGCUCGCGCGACCGCGACGACCGCGACCGGUACAGGGAAAGGUCGAGGGAUCGAGAACGCGACCGUGAUACGUAUUACAGAGAUUAUCGUGAGAGGGAACGUGACAGGUCCAGGUCAAGGGAUCGUGAACGCACCGAUCACUACAAUAGAGGUCACAGUCGGGAAGAGAGGCCUCGCAAGUCUCCCGUGGAGCCCGCCGCUGAGGCCGGAGCGGGCGACGCGAGCAGCGCCAAGAGCCGCACGGCGGCCGCGCCCUACUACGACGAGCGGUACCGCGAGCGCCGCGACCGCGACCCGCCGCCCGCGGACCGCGACCGCGACCGCGACCGCGACCACCGCCGCGACGCGCGCCACUAGCCCCGCGGGCCGGCCCGUUUCCAGUCACUUUUCGGAUAGCAAUAUUUGUAGCGUUCCCGUCAUCACUCGGUCGGUUUUUUACCCAUCAAGAUAGCUGUAGGCCGAUGAGCCGCAAUAGACUGGCAAACGAAAUGUUUGUGUCUGCUUCGAUUGUGUUUCAACGUACUGAUGUUCACAGUGUGAUCCUUUCUUAUAUUGCAAUUUUUGUGUGCUCCUCCUAUUCGCCAAUGUCUUCGGUUUCGUUGUGUUAUCAUCGAUAUUUUGUAACGUCCCUAAAGUAUUUUUUGUGAAAUUCUUUUAAUUAAGUUUAUCUUUAAAUAUCUUUAAUUAUUUUAGAUUUCACUUAUUACUCAAAACUGUUUUUGAAAUAACAAAAUUGUUAUUUAGUUUUCAACGCCAUGUACAUGCAAUGAUGUUUUUUAUUGAAUGUUAACUAAAAUUGUUCUAAUGUGAGUUUGAGUUUAUUUAUAUACAAUUGAACAAAUAUUAUUGUAUUGUAUUUCCGCAGACGCAUUCAUUUUUGGUUGUUGUGCACUAAAAGCACCUAAUAUGACUACAGUAAAAAAUAAAUAAUGUAAGCAAAUUCCGGCGCCACACAUUAAUCGCGUUAAACACACGUGACAAGAUAUUUAAGAAUUUUUGCAUUAUUGUCAUGUUCUGUAAGAAAGCAUAAGCCUCAUACAAAGUCAUACAAAGGUGGAAUUGUACGUAUAGAUAUUACGUACGCAAUGGGUGACGCCGGCCUAAAUACCAUUCUCUAAAUGGAAAUGAACAACAUUCCAACAGAGGUUCUUUUAACCUAAAAUUGACACCAAAUCUAAUAUAUUUGUGUGAAGGAAGUAACAUUAAAGAUUUCUUGAGAGUUGUAAAUCUAUAUUUUAUUGAGUAAGUUUGAUAUUCGGGAGGAAUAUCAAAGUUAUUUAAAUAAGUACUAAUUAGAUGUUAGUUAGGUUCGUAGAAUUAAGAAUUUAAGUAUGGAUUUGUUCCAUAUAUAUUGUGACACUGAUUUUUAGGGCUUAUUUCCUGAAUAAAUAAAUUUAUCAUUA